AGCCGGCUUUCACCUUCAGGCAGCGGCGGCUUGAGAGCAGGGAGCGAGGUGCGCUCUCCGAGGUGCUGAACAGUGCUUCAGGGGAUCACGCCAGCUUUCUUAAGGCCGGAUCCAGAACGGAUCGACCCCCGCUUAUAAUCCGGGCUAUGUGUACACAGUUGGUACCCGUCACACUGCAAGUUUAAAGAUGUGCAGUGUUACUUUGUAUCUGCUUUACUCUUUGCUGCUCCCAGCACUGGCCUCACGCGUGUUCCCCAACCCCCGGGAGCGCUCGACACUGUCCCGCGCCGUGGCCCGCUCCGUGGCCCGCAUGGACGGAGAGGUGAUCAUCGGCGCACUCUUCUCCGUGCACCACCAGCCGUCGGCCGAACGGGUAGCCGAGAGGAAAUGCGGAGACGUGCGCGAACAAUACGGCAUCCAGCGCGUAGAGGCCAUGUUCUACACCCUGGACCGCAUCAACUCUGACCGACACCUGCUUCCCAACAUCAGUCUUGGCUGCGAGGUCCGCGACUCCUGCUGGCACUCCUCCGUGGCCCUGGAGCAGAGUAUCGAAUUCAUCCGGGACUCCCUUAUAUCCAUAAGAGACGACUCCAAAGAAGGAUCCAAGUGGUGCAUUGAUGGCACGCCGUCCAACCACCCUCCGCCCUCGAAAAAGCCCAUCGCAGGGGUCAUUGGGCCCGGGUCCAGCUCCGUCGCCAUCCAGGUGCAGAACCUGCUGCAGCUGUUUAACAUCCCACAGAUUGCAUACUCAGCUACAAGUAUAGACUUAAGCGAUAAGACCCUGUUUAAAUACUUUUUGCGGGUCGUGCCAUCUGAUACCCUACAAGCACGGGCAAUGCUGGACAUUGUUAAGCAUUACAACUGGACUUAUGUGUCAGCUGUGCACACAGAAGGAAACUACGGUGAAAGUGGUAUGGAGGCAUUUAAAGAACUGGCAGCAGAGGAAGGUCUGUGCAUCGCUCACUCCGAUAAGAUCUACAGUAAUGCUGGGGAGAAGCACUUCGACCGUCUGCUGAGGAAACUGCGAGAGCGUUUGCCCAAAGCCAGAGUGGUCAUCUGCUUUUGUGAAGGCAUGACUGUACGCGGCCUCCUAAUGGCCAUGAGGCGACGGGGCGUUUCUGGAGAGUUUCUGCUUAUUGGAAGUGAUGGCUGGGCGGAUCGUGAUGAGGUGGUGGAGGGAUACGAGCAGGAGGCGGACGGAGGCAUCACUAUGAAGCUGCAGACUGAGGAAGUCCAGUCGUUUAAUGAAUACUUUCUCAAACUCCGCCUGGACACCAACACUAGGAACCCGUGGUUCGCCGAGUUUUGGCAGUAUCGCUUCCAGUGCCGCAUACCCGGUCACCCGCAGGAGAAUCGCAACUACAAAAAAGUCUGCACAGGAAAUGAGAACUUGAAGGACAACUAUGUGCAGGACAGUAAGAUGGGCUUUGUGAUCAACGCCAUCUACGCCAUGGCACACGGGCUCCACGAUAUGCACCGCGAACUGUGUCCGGGCCAUGAGGGCCUCUGUGAGGCGAUGGACCCCAUUGACGGCAGCAAGCUCCUGGACUACCUGCUCAAGACCUCUUUCGAGGGCAUCUCUGAAGAGGAGGUGUACUUUGACGAAAAUGGAGAUUCUCCUGGCAGAUAUGACAUUAUGAAUCUGCAGUACGUAGAGGAAAUGGGUCGCUAUGACUACAUCAACGUGGGCUCGUGGCACGAGGGUCUCCUGAGCAUCGAGGAUUACAAGCUGAUGACCAACCGCAGUGAGAUGGUGCGCUCCGUCUGCAGUGAGCCCUGCUCCAAGGGACAGAUCAAGGUGAUCCGGAAAGGUGAGGUGAGCUGCUGCUGGAUCUGCACUACGUGUAAAGACAAUGAGUACGUGCAAGAUGAGUUCACCUGCAAGGCUUGUGAUCUGGGCUGGUGGCCCAAUAAUGAACUGACAGGGUGCCAACCUCUUCCCCUAAAUUGCCUUGAGUGGAGCAGCAUUGAAUCAAUCGUGGCUGUUGUCUUUUCCUGCCUGGGCAUCCUAGUGACCCUCUUUGUCACCUUCGUCUUUAUCCAGUACCGGGACACUCCAGUGGUGAAGUCCUCGAGCCGUGAGCUGUGCUACAUCAUCCUGGCAGGCAUCUUCCUUGGCUACAUCUGCCCUUUCACUCUGAUCGCACGGCCCACGGUAAUCUCGUGCUACCUGCAGCGCCUCCUGGUCGGCCUAUCGUCGGCCAUGUGCUACUCGGCGCUGGUCACGAAGACCAACCGCAUCGCGCGCAUCCUGGCUGGAAGCAAAAAGAAAAUCUGCACGAGGAAGCCACGCUUCAUGAGCGCGUGGGCUCAAGUGGUCAUCGCGUUCAUGCUUAUCAGCUUACAGUUAACGCUGGAGGUCGUACUUAUCGUGCUGGAGCCACCUGAGCCUAUAAAGAGCUACCCAAGUAUAAGGGAGGCUUAUCUGAUUUGUAACACAAGCAACGUCGGUAUGGUGGCACCGCUGGGCUAUAACGGUCUGCUCAUCCUGAGCUGCACCUACUACGCCUUCAAGACGCGCAACGUGCCGGCCAACUUCAACGAAGCCAAAUACAUCGCUUUUACCAUGUACACCACGUGCAUCAUCUGGCUGGCCUUUGUGCCUAUUUACUUCGGUUCCAAUUACAAGAUCAUCACGACGUCGUUCUCGGUCAGCCUGAGCGUCACCGUGGCUCUGGGCUGCAUGUUCACGCCUAAGAUGUACAUCAUCAUCGCCAAGCCCGAGCGCAACGUGAGGAGCGCCUUCACGACCUCAGACGUGGUGCGCAUGCAUGUGGGAGAUGGCAAGUCGGCUGCUGCCUGCCAGAGCAACAGCUUCCUCAACAUGUUCCGCAGAAAGAAGAACAACAACGCCAACAGCAGCACCAAUCCUAAUGGAAAGUCUGUGUCAUGGUCUGAAUCAGGUGCCCGGCCCCAGGGGAGGGGGUCGAGUGUGUUCCACAGACUGUCUGUGCAUGUGAGGAGGCAAGCGGUCGGCCAGAGUCAGACGGCGGUCAUCCGACCCUUAACUAACGCCUCGCAACCCCUGCAACCCGAAUACGACUUCGCUCCUGACACAGACCACAGCGACUCUCAAUCCAACAAGGGUCUCUACAACCUCAGUGAGGAGGGUGAUGACGGCAACCUACGAGGAUCAACACAGGACAGAAGGGAAACAGUCUCCUAUACACCGGGUCAUCUGUUGGAUUGUACCGCUGACCAUCUAGACAUGGGCCAGGUGGAUACUCUAAGCUCUAACGUUAGCAUUUUUGAUCAAAUGUUGGGCAACAGAACGAGCCCCGGUUAUAAUCCAUUAGACAAUCGGCUUCCUCUGCCCCUGCAGGGGGAGAUGAUGUCCGAUGAGGGUUCCGAAAUGGAGGCUCUUGACCUCAUCCACGGCUUCCUGUACGACAGCACGGUACAGGAGGAGGACGAAGAAGAGGUGGGUGGAGAAGAGGCGUUGGCCCAAAGCAAACUCAGCCUCCUCACUCCACCCUCACCUUUCAGAGACUCGCAUUCAGCCGGGUCAGUACACGGAUCCCCUGCCUUUGAUAACAAACCAAACGCUUCCCGGGACAUGACCUACGCUCCGAAACAGAGCUCAUUUACACUGUGA